AUGGGGUUCCAGAAAAUCAAUGUCGCCAAUCCUAUCGUUGAGAUGGACGGAGAUGAAAUGACCCGAGUUAUCUGGAAGUCAAUCAAGGAUAAGCUCAUUUUGCCUUUCUUGGAGUUGGACAUCAAGUACUUUGACCUAGGCCUUCCUUAUCGUGAUCAGACUGAUGAUAAAGUUACAGUUGAAAGUGCUGAAGCAACUCUCAAGUAUAAUGUUGCAAUCAAGUGUGCAACUAUCACUCCAGAUGAAGCUCGUGUCGAGGAGUUCGGCCUGAAGAGCAUGUGGAGGAGUCCAAAUGGGACAAUUAGAAACAUUUUGAAUGGAACUGUCUUCAGAGAACCAAUUAUUUGCAAAAAUGUCCCUCGCCUUAUUCCUGGUUGGACAAAGCCAAUCUGUAUUGGAAGGCAUGCUUUUGGUGAUCAAUAUAGGGCCACUGAUGCAGUAAUUAAAGGACCUGGAAAGCUGAAGAUGGUGUUUGUUCCAGAAGGCAAAGGCGAGACCACUGAUUUGGAGGUUUAUAACUUCACCGGUGAAGGAGGUGUUGCAUUGGCUAUGUACAAUACUGAUGAGUCUAUUCGUUCUUUUGCUGAGGCGUCUAUGGCAACUGCUCUUGAGAAAAAAUGGCCACUUUAUCUUAGCACCAAAAAUACAAUUCUUAAGAAAUAUGAUGGAAGAUUCAAGGACAUAUUUCAAGAAGUCUAUGAGGCUGGCUGGAAAUCAAAGUAUGAGGCUGCUGGUAUAUGGUAUGAGCAUCGCCUCAUUGAUGAUAUGGUGGCAUAUGCACUCAAGAGUGAAGGAGGUUAUGUAUGGGCCUGCAAGAACUAUGAUGGAGAUGUCCAGAGUGAUUUCUUAGCUCAAGGUUUUGGAUCAUUGGGUUUGAUGACAUCUGUAUUGGUUUGUCCUGAUGGAAAGACCAUAGAAGCAGAAGCAGCUCAUGGGACAGUUACCCGUCAUUUCAGGGUUCAUCAAAAGGGCGGAGAAACCAGCACAAACAGCAUAGCAUCCAUCUUUGCUUGGACAAGAGGUCUAGCCCAUAGGGCAAAGCUAGAUGACAAUGCUAAACUCUUGGAAUUCACUGAAAAGCUAGAGGCAGCUUGUAUUGGAGUAGUAGAGUCUGGGAAGAUGACCAAGGAUUUGGCACUUAUUCUUCAUGGAUCCAACCUUAAAAGGGAGCAUUAUUUGAACACAGAGGAAUUCAUCGAUGCUGUGGCAGCCGAGCUUAAAUCUAAGAUCUCUGCGUAG